AGGGAUUAGGCUAAACAGCUAGCAGGUAUAGCAGCUGUAAAACUAAUGCUGUCGUCUGCUGUAGGAUUGUGUAUUUUCACUAUUUUGAAUUUCGAAGAGCAAUUUCGGCUUAUCUACUUAUAUUUAUUUUAAAAAUGUGUUGGUACUUACUACUUAUACUAGGAAUUUGGACUUUCGUUUCCUUUUUCACUUACCGAUAUUUGAGUCAAAAGAAAAGUUUGUUUCUUAAAGAAGUUUUCUUUAAAAAGCUUAGCAAUGUCUUGUUCGUCAUUGCUCAUCCGGACGACGAAUGUAUGUUUUUUGGACCUGCCAUCACAGCACUAGUCCAACCAUCAUUAAGUGAUUCUUCGUCCAGGAAAAAGAAAGCAAAGGAUAUUUACAUUCUUUGCUUGAGUGAUGGCAAUGCUGAUGGCUUAGGUAAAACAAGGAGAGAGGAACUUAAAAAAAGUUGCAAGAUUCUUGGACUAGCUGAUUCCAAUAUUAUAAUUCACAGUGGACCUCCUUUCUUUGAAGAUGAUUCAAAUUCUUUGUGGGAUUUCAAAUCAGUUGCAGAUACUUUGAAUGUCUACAUUGAAAAAUUGAAAAUUGACAGUCUCAUAACUUUUGAUGAGAAUGGAAUCAGUGGCCACCUAAAUCAUAAAUCGAUUUAUCAGGGGGUGUUGCAAUUAAAGAAAGAAAGUAAAAAAAGAGUUACUGUCCGAGUUUUCAUUUUGGAAACGGUCAGUUUGUUUCGAAAAUAUUUGGGAUUUAUUGAUUCGAUUUUAAUCAAACCUAGUGCAUUAAUCUGUACUGCCGAUUGGGUUAAUAGGAUGAACAUUCAGAGAGCAAUGGCAGCUCAUGCUAGUCAAUAUGUUUGGUUUCGCCGUUUGUACAUCAUUUUUUCAAGAUACUUAUUCUUUAACACAUUCAUUCCCCUUGAAGUUUACUAGCUUAGCAACUGCUUGUUGUCUCAGAUUUGCAGAGAUGUGCGGUGGAUGGAAAAUUGAAAUCCUAUCGAUUUGAUGCAUUUUGGACACGGGUAAAUUUACUCAGAUUUUCUUGAUCCCUUCCAUUUAUGGAUGUUUAUAAUUCCCUUAACAAAAUACCUAGUCUUUUCUCUGGAGUGUAUGUAACAUAAACAAAAAGGGGUAUGUUGGCUCUUGUUUUUUUUUCCCUAAUGAAUUCUCGCAUGUGGCUGCUGUGUUUAACUUUAUUUCAAUUACUAAACAAAAUUUAAAAUAUUGAUGUUAUCAAAUGUUAGUGUCAGAAGUCAACAGUGCACGUAAUGUAUUUUUUGAAUGAAAAUACAGUGAACCAUAAUACAAUUUUGAAAUUCGUCAUA